UUAAUAAACUUAUGAAUUUAUAAUAUAAUAGUAAUUUUAACAAAAACUGCAUAGCUUGCUUGAAAAUUCAAAAAAAUAAGAGGUUUUAUAAAGUAGCGCGUAGAGCAUUCUUCAGUGGAAUAUUCAAGUUCGUACAUAUACAUACAUACAUACAUAAUAUAAUACUUGCAUAUGAGUUAAUGUCGCAAGUAACAAAAAAAAAAACAAAAAAAAAUCGUGCACAUGAACAAAAAUUGUUUCGACGGCUAUAACAUUUCUUGCAUUACACCAUCUCCUAUGUUACGCACUGACCAACUAUCGUUGCUUGGAGAGCAACCAGCACUUGCCAACCGUAUACAUCUGCUACAGCUACUACUAGUGAUGAAAGCUAAGCCAAACGCCAAGCCGCAAGGACGACAGACCACGCGAUGAAACGAAUGCUGGGCAUCGAGUUUGCAAAAUGAUUUCAAGUAACACAUAAAUAUAUAAAUUUCAACAUCAACCGCGAAAAUUAUGCAAUGGGAAAAAUAUGAUAUGCUUGCGUGCUUAGUGAAAAUUAAUUUAUUUUAUAGAUAAAAAAAUAUAUGUCAAAAGAUACAUAAAACUAAUUAAAAAAAAGAAAUUUUUUGGAUAAAACAUAUAAAAGUGAAAUUAAAGAUUAGUAGAAAAAAUGUCGAUUAUGAAUUUGAAAGUGUCAGGAAUCAGUAAUUUUUAACAUCAAUGCCAUUCAACGAUAAAAAUUAAGUCCAUUUCAAAAUAGUGAAUAUAUAAUACCAAUUUGUGUGUAUGUGUAUGUAAUUAAGUUUGAAUAUGUGCAUGUCUACUUAAAAAAUAUAUUAACCAAUCAAUGUCUAAAAUCAACACAAGUGAUUGUUAAUAGUAAGUGAUUUAAACAUUAACAGCAACAACAAGAAAAUACCAAAAACAUCAAAAUAAAUGACAAGCAAAACAGAAAAAGUAACGAACUCGCCUAAAGUCAAAACAACAAAAUUUUGUUAACUAUAUACAUUUAUAAAUGCACACACAUACACACAUAUACAAAACAUCAUUACAUACGUUAAACAAAAGAAAUAAUAAUAGAAAUACAAUAAAAUAACCAAAAGACCCGCAUCGCAGACGUGUUGGAAUUUCGAUAAUGAGGCGUGAGUGAGCCUGCCUGUACCUCGCGAGCGGGACAAUCGUAGAAAAAUCGUUUUGCAAUACAAAUUCAAUUUUCCGUGUCCAGUUGCAUUCGUCGUCAUUCGCUCAACUAAAUGCGACGGACAAUCGCUGUUGGUGUAGUUCAGCGGCACGUAUCAUCGUAAUUAAUUCACCUGUUCGGCAUUAUUGGUGGCGGUAAUGGUGAUGGUGGCGACGGUUACGGUGACGCUUGUUUGCCACAUUUUCGAGUUUACUGCGUCAGCAGCAGGGGGAAGAUCGUGAACAGAAGCCAACUGCUAGCUAAAUAGCGAAGAAACAGCAAAUAGCGAGAUCGUCUAGAACUGCAACAGUAAAUGACAAAUAAUACGAGACGAUGUUAUUGGCCGUACACCGCUAGCGUUAAGAUUAUUCCUGCUGCCGACCAUCAAUUUACGAGUUGAUCAUUACCGAUUGCUGAUAAGUGCAAAGUUUGUCGCUUUAUUCCUAAACAGUUUCUGAUUGUUCCUGAGCUGCUGCAUAUUUUCCUCUUCCAUUGCUGCAGUCAUCCUAUAUAGAUAGUAUUUUAUAAAAGCUGAAAUAUGACGGUCUCAUAUGCUGGUGAAGUGCCUAAUGGUAGCAACUUUGGCUGCUUUUGGCGCAUUCUAUGGAAAUGGCGUGGCAGUGUUUACAAAUUGGUGUGGCGUGAAUUGAUCGCUUAUUUAUGUCUAUAUUAUACAAUUAAUUUAGUCUAUAGACUCGUAUUAAAUGAACAACAACAAAUAAUUUUUACCAAAGUGCGAAUAUAUUUCGGCCAACAGGGCGAAAGUAUACCUAUGUCAUUUGUGCUGGGUUUCUAUGUAAACAAAGUGGUGCAACGUUGGUGGGAGCAAUACAGAUUAUUGCCCUGGCCUGAUACUUUGGCGCUAUUUAUCAGCGCCGCAAUACCAAACUCCACUGGUGGAGUUAAUAAUGAAACGGGUCGUCUAAUGCGCCGUAACAUAAUGCGGUAUAUGGUGCUUGCUUAUGUCAUCACACUACAACGCAUAUCGCUGCGUGUAAAACGUCGCUUUCCCACCACACAACAUCUCGUGGAUGCUGGUCUCAUGCACGUGUCUGAAUCGAAAAUUUUCGAUGCACUUAACGCCAAAAGCCCCAUGUCCAAGUACUGGAUGCCACUGGUAUGGGCUACAAAUAUCAUUAAUCGGGCACGUAAGGAGGGCCUGAUAGCAUCCGAUCACAUUGUGCAAACAAUACUGAUGGAAUUGUCUGAUAUACGGCGGCGCCUGGGUGGUCUGAUUGGCUAUGAUACAGUGUGCGUGCCGCUUGUGUAUACGCAGGUUGUGACGCUGGUAUUGUACACGUAUUUUAUAGCGGCGCUCGUGGGGCGCCAAAUGUUGCCAAACAUGCCCGAUGCCAAAGAUCCAGACUUGUAUUUUCCGCUCUUCACCGUAUUGCAAUUUGUAUUUUAUGUUGGCUGGCUUAAAGUUGCUGAGGUGUUAAUAAAUCCUUUCGGAGAGGACGAUGAUGAUAUCGAAUUAAACUGGCUUAUCGAUCGGCACAUAAAGGCUGCCUAUAUGAUUGUCGAUGAGAUGCACGAGGAGCAUCCUGAAUUACUGCGCGACCAGUAUUGGGAAUGCGUGGUGCCAAAGGAAUUGCCAUACACCGUCGCCUCAGAGCAUUAUAGGCGUGAAGAGCCCAAAGGUUCAGCAGAAAAUUACAAAGUGAAGAAGGAGGAUGCCAUGUAUGCGAAUAUUGUGCCAGGUGGUGGGAAACGUGGACUCGUCGAUGAUGUUUACGCAGAUUAUGAGAGCGUUGAUACACCCAUGGUGGAGCGGCGCAAAAAUAAUUGGCUUGUACGUCAGCUCUCACGCAUGGGUUCCAUACGUAGCCAAUCCACCGCCUAUUCAUCGAGCGGCAUGGCGUUUAAUCGCAAUCGUCUAAAUUCAGUUUACUCCAGCCCAGAAUCGGGCAUACCAGUCAACAUACUACAGCAACAGCAACAACAGGCGCAGCAGCAGCAGCACGGCCAACCAACGCAAAUGCAAUCGAAGCCAAGUUUUUAUGGCAAAUUUGUAAAUCGCAAAUCGCAACGUGCUCAAAAGCAGCUUAUCAAGCAAAAUUCCAAGCUGAACGGUAUGAAUGCGAACGUUCCCAAAACACGUCCACGCAUCCCCACGCCGGAUGUUACCAAAGAAUCUAGCGAAAAAGAUUUGAAUGCCACGAAAACCGUGAUUAUGGCACCACAAUUGAGCACACAAACUUCCAUGUAUCCGUACACGAGCACCAACAAUCAGGAUGGACCCGUUUUGGGCACACUUUUGUUAUCGCCCAUUAAAGAAAUGGAUAGCUCAUCCUCGAAUAACACUCUGAUUCCAGGGCAUCCGUCGACAACGGCGCUGGCGCAAGCCAUAUUGCCGUCCAAUAUGAAGGAUGUCAACUUUGGCAUUGCCUCACCAACGACGCCAGCCACCACCAACAUUACAACGCUCUCCUUCCCAUUCACAGUUACCACCAGUUCAGCGGAAACAAUGCCCGCUGGCACCCUAAAUAUUAUGCCUAUCGGUACAACGCAAGUGCCGACCAUCACCACCACCGCCAGUGGUUAUGAUGCCAACGAUCUCAUCACCACAAUUCCCGUCUCGUUGGCCAUACAGCGCACCCCAUCGAUGCGCUCCAUCAACGAUUUCAGUGGCAAUGAAAAUAUGGAUGUAACCCACAGUUACAAUGGCAGCAAUGGAUCACCAGGCAAUGCCAAUGCCGGUGGCGGUGGCGGUGAAUUUCUGGCGACUAAUAACGCCAUACUCACUAUUAAGCCACUGAAUGGUGGUGGCAAUAUAUCGCAUAAUAACAGUUUUAGUGCCAACUUAAAUCUAAAUCUACAGGAUUCAUAUAUACUAGAGCGGAAUGCAUCGGUGCGUUCGGCAGGACAACCGGUCAGUGGGGUCAGUGAGGUUGCGCCAACAGCACGUGAAGUAUCAUUGGAGAGUAGAGAAGGAGAGAGUAUGGGCGGAAGUGGGACGUCGGCGCCCUCGACUUUGGCGAAACGCACACCUGAGCCAGCUUCGCCAGGUACGAAGGAGGUGUAUGUGUAGAAGAUGAAUGGAAGAGUGCACGGACGACAGUUUAUGAUUUUUUAUUUAUGGAAAAUAUUUGGAUGAACAUUCAGUUAAAAUCAUAUAUAUUUAUGUAUUUGUAAAUAACUAAAAAUUCUUUCAUAUUAAAUUUAUAUCUGCUAUUUAAAAAACGUGAAUUUUGCCCAAGUCAAAAAAUGCAGGUUUCUUAAAAGAUGCAGGUUUGCUUCGGAAAACGUGAAAAUAUUUAUAAGAAAUUAUAGUUUUUGUAUCUUUAACUCAAUAUAUUUUAAUAAAAUUUCUACCAUUAAGGUCGUGUGUAAUGCAAAAAUAUGUGUAUAUUACGCUCGAAUAAUUUAUACAAAUUUACUAAACUGCGAAGUAUAUAUUCACUUCAUGUCCUUGGUCUUAUUAGCUUUCUAGAAAUCAAUGGCAAUUUCAUUAUUAUUUUAAAAGUAAAAUAGUAAUUUUAAUUAAACACUUAGUAUACCUACAAAUAAAUAUUUGUAAAUAAAUUGAAUCUCGAAAGGAAUCAAAAACCGAAUGUAAUCUUUUGUGAUAUUUAUCAUAUAUGUGCAUGCAUAUAUUUAUGUACAUAUGUAUGUACGUAUAUCCACACACCUAUGCCGUUGUAUAAACAAUAUAUACACACAUGUAUAUGUAUGUAUUUGUCAUGUUAAAAACGCAUACAUUCGCGUUAUGAUUGUUUGUGAAAUUGUUGAUCAACUUGUAUGUUAUUGAUUUUGUUUAGCCAUAUAUUGAAAAACAAGAACAAAACAAAAAUAAAAAAUAGAUAUUAAUGUUGAAAAUAUAAGAAUGUAUAUGUAUGCUAUGUGAGCUAUAUAUUAUUACCAUAUUUAAAUUUUUUAAUUACAAUAAUUACAUAUAACUGAAAAAUAUAUCAAUAAAGAUCGGUUAAAUCAAUUA